AUGAGGAGUCAGGUGAGCGUUGAGUGUCAGUGCGAGUGGUGUUAGCACUUGGACGCUUACAAUAAGACACUCUACGCCCUCAACACAUUUAUUUUGGAUUAAAGCGUGACGGGACACUGAAGGAAGGCUGUGUACAGUUGGCUCUAGCGACCUUAGAAUCAUGGCGACUUUGACUAAAGUUUUAGGAGUAAUGGUUCUAGCAGCCGUGGUAUCAACUCAGCCAGUCAAAGUUUCCAUCAGUGGCACUAAUUCAGCCCUGAUUUACUUGACCAAGUUUGGAUACAUGGAUCCAGCUGUCACUAAUCCACAAUCAGGGGCCCUCAUUUCCGGAGAUACGGUUCGAAACUCUAUCAUGGAAUUCCAGGCAUUUGCUGGGCUGAAUCAGACUGGGGAGCUGGAUAAUAUCACUCUUGAGAUGAUGAACAUGCCCCGUUGUGGUGUUAAGGACAAAGUUGGUUUCGGUGCCAAUGCAAGAAAGAAGCGCUAUGCUCUUCAAGGUUCUAGAUGGCGUGUGAAAGAAAUUACUUACAAGAUCACGAAGUACCCAAAAGCCCUUCUCCAGAAUGAUGUUGACAGAGAGAUUAAAGCUGCAUUUAAGGUAUGGGAAGAUGUGACUGAUUUAACUUUCACAGCUUCAUCUUCUGGAAAGGUUCAUAUUGAGAUUCGUUUUGAACGAGGGGAACACGGUGAUGGUGACCCCUUUGAUGGUCCUGGUGGCACACUGGCUCAUGCUUACUUUCCUAUUUAUGGUGGUGAUGCUCACUUUGACGAUACUGAAGCUUGGACGAUAAAGUCUUACAGAGGCACAAACUUGUUCCAAGUAGCAGCACAUGAAUUUGGUCAUUCACUUGGUCUCUCCCAUUCUGAUGUACAGUCUGCUCUCAUGGCUCCUUUCUACCGGGGAUAUGAACCCAGUUUUAAAAUGGAUGAAGAUGACAUCAGUGGCAUCCAGGCACUGUAUGGAGUAAAGUCUGCCCGGCCUACCCCAGCCACUCAGAAGCCACCUACCUCAGGUAGUGGAGGACGUGGUGGAUCAGCAGCAGGUGGCUCCCUUUGUAUGGAUGCAUCUAUUGAUGCUAUUGUUACUAUGUCUGAUAAGGAGACCUAUGUAUUCAAAGGAUCAGAGUAUUGGAAACUCGUUGAUGAUGGUGUUGCAAGUGGUUACCCAAAAUCAAUUGCUCGAGAUUGGGAGGGUCUGCCCUCUAAUCUUGAUGCUGCCUUUACAUGGACAAAUGGGAAGACUUACUUCUUCAAGGGAGGUGAAUAUUGGCGGUACACAGAUCUGGUAAGAGACCCAGGCUAUCCUAAGUCAAUUGACAAAGGUUUUGCUGGAAUACCCAACAAUGUGGAUGCAGCCUUUGUAUGGUCUGGAAAUGGCAAAAUCUAUUUCUUAAAGGAUAAUCACUACUGGCGAUUUGAUCCUACCCAGCGCCCUCCUGUGAAAGAAAGCUAUCCUAAAGAUAUAUCUAACUGGGAAGGUCUUCCUAAUAAUAUAGAUGAUGCUCUCCAGUACUCAAAUGGAUAUACAUACUUCUUUAAGAAUGGACAGUAUUGGAGGUUUAAUGAUCGAGCCUUCCGUGUAGAUACUGCCGACCCACAAUUCCCUCGCCCUGCAGGCUUUUGGUGGUUUGGUUGUCCUGCUUCAGAAUCCCAGAUCACUCGAGAAUCCCAUAACAAACGAGGAGAUGCGCCACCAUCAGGUGAAGUAGACAGUCAAGAUGGUACCUUUGAUGCUGCUGGGUCAAAUGAUGAUUUAGACUCCAACAUAGUACCUCGAGUAGCAGGUUCCAUACACAGUGGCGCCACCUGCAGUGCCCUCGCCCAGCCAUUAAGUCUUAUCCUAACACUCUUUGCUACACUCCUGCUUAAGAUGUGAAGUGGAAGCAUGUGAAGUACGGAAUACACAAAGGUGAUUUUAAAGAACAUACUGUAUAUCCUGCAGUAAUUCUAUUAGUUCAAAUUUAACAAUUAUAUGGAAUAUGUUGCUUUAUCAAGACAUGAAAAAUCAGUAAAUGUGCACUUGCAAUAUAAUUCUCAUUAAGUUCUGCAAAAAAAAAAAAAAAAAAAGUUUCUAUAUAAAAUGAAUUAGUUUUCAUCUUUUUGUUGGUCAUCAUUGAUGACCACUCAUUGUAUGGGCAGAAAAAAUGUUGGCUCCCUUGAUAUUCAGUAAGUCUUUAUUAUUUUUAUUUUUACAAUAUAAUUUAUACAAAAAAGUACUAAAUGCAUAUGGAAGUUCAGUAACCAUGUAAUUUUAUAAAUAUUUAUUAUGACUAUUAUGGUACAUACUAUAAUUUGACUGGCAAGUCCAUAAAAUUGGCUUUUUUUAUUUUUCAUAAUUCAAAAAUACAGUAUACUGUAAUAAGUUUUUAAUAAUUAAAUUUAUAUAGUAAUAUUGCUUUGGCAUCUUCAUUCAUGAUUAUGAAUAUACAAUAUUUUCAACAAUCCCAGAUUAAACAUAUAUUGUAACUUUUUAAAUGAAAAUUCUAUUUUGCAUCCAUGCAGUAAUGUUCAUUCAUCGUGUCUGUAUGGAAAGAUAAAACUACAGACCUGUUAGUAAGGUGCCUUGAUGAAUGCAAGGGGCUCUUAAUCUAAGUAACUGGACUUGUUUUCCCCUUAAAUGGAUCAAACCUGAAUGGUUCUCAUUCCUUAGCAACAAAUGGCCCUUGUAUUCUUAGUGUUUGCCAGUUACAAUAAAAAUACAAACUUGGUUUGUUGCUUAAGUGUACAAACUGAAAUUUUAGAAGUACAAUUCUGGUUACUGAAGAAUUACAUCAGCAUUGAUGUUACUGAUAAAUUUUAUUUCUAAGAAUCUUUUUUAUGCUCAUACUACAAAAAAUAUGUAUUGAUAGUCCAAUGAAAAAGUAUAAUUAAUAAUUGCUCUUUAUACAAGAAAAUUGUAAUCACUUAAUUAGAUUUCUUAAAUUGCUUUUAAUCUCUCUCACUCUCUCUCUCUCUCUCCAAUUUUGUGUCCAGAAUAUAUUACUUACAGGUAAUAAUUUGUAGGGCAUUUGUAAUUCAACCCAUUGAAUUGUACAUGUGCAUGUUAAUUCUUAUAUGUAUCAUAUUGUUAGCUAGUCACUAGUAACUAGUGACUUAAUUAUUAGUGUAUGAGGUAAACAUUACAUGCAUUACUCAGCAUGUGGAGUUUGUAAUUGAAUGUGGAUAUUUUUCAGUGAUGGAAUGUCCCAACUCAUUGUGUGUAUAAAUUUCUUAUAAAAAUUGAUACUGAUCUCUGAAUGUCUGCUGGUUAUGUAUUAAGUCCAUUUCUGAAAUUAUCAGUACUGUACCUGUAUAUGACACUUUAUUGUUGAGGAUGUCUCUCUCCUCUUGUGAUGCCAAUUUUCAGGUUGGUGACGAAUACCCAUUGUAUUUAUGACUGUUUAAUUGAUAAACAACAUAAUUCCUCAAGGCAUUAGCUUUGUUUGUAUGCAACAAAACACUAAGUUAUUGAUAGUCAUGUAAGAAUGCAAUUUUAUAUAAUGUGUAUAUAUUUGUACAGAUAUCAUUAAUAGGGUUUUUUCACUUAUUUUCAAUAUAGUUUGUUAAAUCAUCUUCCUAUCUUGUUUUUGUUGGUAUUUAUUCUCUAACUGCAUUUUUUUUUCUUGGUAAAUUACCCUAUUUAUGAAUAAAACUUUUUUAUA